GUGACUCGGUAGGUGGAGUGACUCAGUCCCCGGCUGCUCCUGCAGGGUUACACAGUCGAGGAAUUUCAUAAUCUUGUUUUUAUUUUAGUUUUAUGAACCAUCUAUUAGAGCAGAGGCUCUCAACCCUCUUAAGGAAGUCCAUUACUUUACUCAGACAGACAUUUUCUUAAAAUAACAGCACUGGUCAACAUAAUGGAUAGAAAGACAUUCUGAGAUUACUGAGGUGACUGAGCCUGUUAACGUAUAAAAACGGAGUAUAGUCUGUAGUUUAUAGAGUUUGAGCUGUGUUGAAUGUUAUUAAAGGGUUGACAUCAGCUGCUUCCCUCUAAAUGUUCCUUUGUUUUAUCCUAAAUAAACCAGAUAUAACGAGUUCAUUAAUGAGCUUCAGAGGUGCUGCACAGAAUCAUACUAGUGGUUUCCAGUUUUUAUGCUAAGCUAAGACCUAACGUUGGGGGUUGAGAGUUGUCAGUAUUGGCUCGGCGGGGGGGAGGAGAUAAACAUCUGGAUUCACGUCUCCUCCUUCCUUUGAUCAAACCUGAUGACUCCAACAAGGAGGUUCACAUCUGCCAGCAGCUGUGUUCAUCUGGAGUUAUGCUUUACAAAGGUCUGUCAUUGUUUUAUCUUCUAGAGUUAUUUUUGGAGGAUAAAUCAGAAAAAACAAGAUUUUUUUAAGUAAAACCUGUGGCGUAAUCCACACACAACACACACACACACACACACACACACACACACACACACACACACACACACUGAAGACCUCAGCAAUGAUCUCCACUGUGAUGUGCAGCAGAGAGACGCUACAGAACGCCGAGUGCAAGAGUCACAUCAGGAGCCCCAUCAGGAUCGAGCCUCGCAGGAACUCCAUCCCCCCAACGCAGACCCUCACCGCCAAACAUCUGCUGGCAUACCUGCCCAGACCACAGCCAGAGUCCAUCCGGUACGCUCCUUACACCUGCAAGGUUACAGCUAAAUCCGCUGUUGCUUCCGUGAUGACCACAAAAAGACUUUCUCUCAUCCACAACUACGUUAACUGCCCAUCACUCCCCCCGUCCCAGGAGGCCUCUCCCUCCCGGACCCAGAGUCCCUGCAGUCUGUCCUCUCAGGCUCUGACUUUGGCUAAGCAAGAGCCACCCCAGCAGCACACUAUCCAAGCAGCUCCUCUGGAACCAGUAGAAGAGAUGCCAAAGCCUCAGCAAUUGCAUCGCAGCAGACACCUAAAGCGUUUCAGCUCCAGGUGGCAAUCGAGAGGCUCCACUGGCAGCAGCAGCCUUCCCGUCUCUGCAAUCGAGAAGCUGCACAUCUCAAAGAGUCACAAGAAGCGCUGUAAGCUGCUGGGCGACGAGGACUCGUUGCACGUUGCUGCCAGCAAUCAGCGCCAGCGUUACGUCACCAAGGAUGGCAAGUGCAGGGUCAAUCUGGGACCGAUUGCGGACAAGAGCCGCUUUAUCUCAGAUAUUUUCACCACGUUAGUCGACCUCAAGUGUCGCUGGUUCCUUCUCGUCUUCACUAUGUGCUACAUUCUCACGUGGGUGGCCUUUGGUGGGAUCUACUUCUUCGGUGCCUGGUUGCGUGACGACAUUGCACACGUUCACGAUCCACAGUGGAAGUCCUGCUUUGAAAACGUAGACAGUUUCCUUUCAGCCCUGCUGCUGUCGUUAGAGAGCCAGAGGACGAUCGGGUACGGCUACAGGAUGGUGACGGCCAACUGCCCUGAGGGGACGAUACUCCUGAUGGUCCAAUCCAUCCUCGGCUCCAUCAUCGAUGCUCUCAUGGUGGGCUGCAUGUUUGUUAAAAUCUCCCGCCCGCAGCAGAGAGCCCAGACGCUGAUCUUCAGCAAGCACUGCGUCAUAUGUGAGCGUGACGAGAAGCUGUGCAUGCUCUUCCGCAUUGGGGAUCUGCGAGAGAGUCACAUGGUGGAUGCGAAGAUCCGCGCCAAGCUGAUCAAGUCACGGCAGACCAAGGAGGGCGAGUUCAUCCCACUGGAGCAGUCAGAAAUCAAUCUGGGCUACGACACCGGGGGAGACAGGCUGCUGCUGGUGGAACCUCAGACCAUUACCCACGUCAUCAAUGAAAACAGCCCCUUCUGGGAGGUGGGGUCCGAGCGUUUGAAGAGGGAGACCUUUGAGAUCAUUGUCAUCCUGGAGGGCAUCGUGGAGGCUUCGGGUAUGACAUGCCAGGCGAGGACGUCCUACACGGAGGAUGAGGUCCUCUGGGGCCACCGAUUUGAGUCGUGCAUUUCUUUGGAGAAAGGGGCGUUUCGUGUGGACUACAGCGCAUUUGACAAAACCUUUGAGGUCCAAAUGUGCGGACUCGGUGCGAAAGACAGGAGCGCGGUCAAGGAACGAGAAGUGGUGUUUUAGAAAAUGUUGAUUAAACGAACAGUUCUUGUUUCUGUACAUUAACAUGGAAUAUAAUGAGUGACUUACAGUGAUUGUGAUAUUCCCUUUAUGACAACCAUACUUCAUGAGUAUUAAUCUCAGGGCAGCAUUAUUUAUUUGUUCAUUUAUUUAUUCAUUUUACCAUUGAGAUCAAAAAACUACUUUACAAGAGAGAGACCUGGCCGAGGUAGCAGCCGAACAAAAUCAUUAAAACUUUGAUUUACAAAAAUAAAUCUACAAGAAAACAGAAGAACAACUAUUCAAACACAAUAUCCUCUCAAUAAA